CCUGAUUUCACAUUAUCCACAGACGCGGUUAAACAUUGAUCUAAGGAGAGACAAAUAGGAGCACCUAGCUAGAUAGUAUAAUUAGGUUAGGCUAUUCAGAUAUUCAUAAAUAGCAGAUUGACCAAGGGGGGUUUUUCUAAUAUUUUUGAUUCAAAAGAAAUUUUCUAUCGUAUCUUGCUUAUUGUAAAUGAAAUAUUUCAGCUAUCAGAAAAAUUAUCUAAUCUACGUCUAAUUCUACUCUGUACGUAAUGUCCAAUCAAUGGUUGUAUCUGAAUAUUCACUAUUCUCAGUUCUAGUGGUGGAAUUCAACGAUUUAAGUUGAAGGUCCAAAAUUCAAUACUGAAUGAAGUUGGACCAGUCUCCAAAGUGUUUUCGUGCAGGCCAUUUAAAACAGUGAAAAGUUCCCUAGAAAAAUUAUUCUAAGAUAAAAUGGCUUCAAACGGAGACGGUGUUAGCGAGGAUACCACAUCAAAUGGAGUCGACGUGGGAAUGCAGCUGUUAACUGAAGACUUUUUUCAUGAUAUCUUGGAAAAGCAAUUUGGAAAGUGCACUAUCAAAAAAUUUACAGUAGCGCCCAGCUCAAGUGCUGGCGAAAAUUAUGUCUGUACAAUGUAUCGUGUCACCAUUGAAGUCGAGAAGGAAGAUGGAACUGAAGAUUCAACUAGAUAUAUUAUUAAAAUGAUGCCACCCAACGAUCCAACCGCCGAAAUGAAAAAAAGUUUAGGCAUUUUUGAAAAGGAGGUUGAAAUGUACCAGAAAAUUGUCCCUCAAUUUGAGGAGAUUCUCAUAGAAAAUGGUGUUAAGACCGCCUUGGCUCCAAAGUGUUGGAAGGUAGCAUAUGAUCCUGAGAUGUUGAUAAUGGAAGACUUGGGAGCACGGAAAUUCUCUAAUAUAAAUCGUCUCAAUGGAAUGGAUAUGGAACAUGCUAAAAUGGUUCUUUCGAAAUUGGCACAAUUUCAUGCCGCAUCGGUUUGCCUUUUAGAGAAAAAUGGUCCUUUCUCAAAUCUGGUAAUGGGGUCAAUGGUCAAUAAUGAGCACUUCCGAGCUAUGCAACCUAUAUUCUGGAGUAAUAUUUUAAAGAAUUUACGAUUGUGGAAGACUUGUCAAGAGUAUGUCCACCGAAUGGAAAAAAUGUCAGAAAGGAUUUUGAGUAUCUAUGAAGAUAUAUAUGAUCCAAAACCAGACGAAUUCAAUGUAAUUUUACACGGAGAUCUGUGGGCGAACAAUAUAAUGUUUCAACAUGAUGAGGACGGUCAACCCAAGGAUGUGUUAUUUGUCGAUCUCCAAAUUUCAAGAUAUGGCUCUCCAGUCCAUGAUCUAAUAUAUUUCAUUCUCUCCUCUACUGAAUAUCCAAUUAAAGUUAAGGAAUUUGAUUAUAUGAUUAAAUAUUACCACCAAGAAUUGGUGAAAAAUUUAAAACUCCUCAAAUAUCCAAAAGCCCCACCAACGCUUAUAGAUCUCCACAUUGCAGUUGUGAAAAAAUCUUUCCUUGGUGUCUUUGUCAGCUGCAGUGUCAUGCCCAUCGCACUCCUGGAACCCACUGAGGACGCUAAUAUGGAGAAUUUCAUGAAAGACGAUGAGGCUGGAAAUAAAUUUAAGCAGAACAUGUACUUAAAUCCACGGGUUAUAAAAUCCUGUGAACUGAUUUUCCCUUUUCUAGAAAAUUUGGGAGGCUUUGAUGUGUAGGUCUUGGAAAUAAAUAAUUCACCAUG